ACCCGUUGCUAUUUCCGGUGUCCAUGUGGUGUUCUGUUCUGUAGGCGGGAGACUUUCUAACGCCGGUCCCGCCAAACUUCCACAGGAACGGUCGUCCAAACGUCGUCUGCGGGAGAAUCUUCUACACAUCGAGCAGCCAUGAGAAGCCGUGGUCAGCACAUCGAGCUGGGAGACGUGACUCCACACAACAUCAAGCAGCUGAAGCGGCUGAACCAGGUCGUGUUUCCCGUCUCCUAUAACGACAAGUUCUACAAGGAUGUGCUGGAGGUAGGGGAGCUCGCAAAACUGGCCUACUACAAUGACAUAGUUGUUGGAGCUGUGUGUUGUCGUGUGGACCAGACUGAAGACUCGCGACGACUGUACAUCAUGACACUAGGCUGCCUAGCACCGUACCGCAGACUCAGGAUAGGGACUGUUAUGCUGAAUCAUGUGCUGAAGAUCUGUGAAGAAGAUGGAAACUUCGACAACGUUUUCUUACACGUGCAGAUAAACAACGAAGGGGCGAUCAGAUUCUACCAGAAGUUUGGGUUUGAGAUCAUCGAGACAAAAAAGCACUACUACAAGAGAAUAGAGCCGGCAGACGCACACGUUCUGCAGAAAACGUUUGGAAGAGGCGACGCUAUAGAGAGACCAGUCAGCAACCAAGACCAGCAACAGGACACCUCAUAAAGUCAUCAGUGUAAUCACUACCACAUACCCAACCAGCAUGUUUGUUUCUAGUGCUGUGUACCAAUUCGCUGGACCGGUUCCGGACUUGUAAAAAUGUUUAGGUUCAAGU